UGACCCAAAAUGUUCUGUCAUUGCCCGGUUUUAUUCGUCAUCUACAAAAUAAAUCAAGCCAUUUUUCACGUAUAUAAUUGCAACCAUUAUGUGAUGAGCUUAUGAAGACAACAAGACAUUUUAAGUGUUAAAUUGACGACGUGCUGCUGGCGAGUCGGCGAGAUGCACACAGCGAGUGCGGACGGACAGUUCCGCGGCACCAAUGGCUCCGGCCAGGGACGUGACAAAGUUGCCAUACUGGACGCCGGCUCACAAUAUGGGAAGGUGAUAGACCGCCGCGUGCGCGAGCUGUGCGUCGAAUCGGAGAUCCUACCGUUGGAGACCUCGGCCUACCAGCUGAAGGAGGCCGGAUACCGCGCCAUCAUCAUUUCGGGCGGACCCAACUCUGUGUACGCCGAGAAUGCGCCGAAAUACGACGCGGACGUCUUCAAAAUCGGCCUUCCGGUUUUAGGCAUAUGUUAUGGGAUGCAAAUGUUGAACAAGGAGUUUGGUGGCUCCGUGCUGCGUAAGGACGCGCGCGAGGACGGGCAGUACGAGAUCGAAGUGGAAACCAGCUGCCCUUUGUUCAAUCGUCUGGAGAAGCAGCAGCCGGUGCUCCUGACCCACGGAGACAGCGUCCACAAGGUGGGAGACAGGUUCCGUGUGGCCGCGCAGUCUUCGAACCACCUUAUCGCGGCCAUAUACAACGAGCAGAUGAAGCUGUACGGGGUGCAGUUCCAUCCCGAGGUGGAUCUAACCCCUAAAGGCAAGCAGAUGUUGUCCAACUUCCUGUUCGACAUCGCCGGCCUCUCGCGCUCCUUCACGCUGCGUUGUCGGCGCGAGGCCUGCGUGCAGUACAUCAAGGAGACCGUCGGCGAAAACAAUAAAGUUCUGGUGUUGGUGAGUGGCGGUGUGGAUUCAACGGUAUGUGCAGCCUUGCUGAGGACAGUGCUUCGUGAGGAUCAGGUCAUAGCACUACACAUUGAUAAUGGUUUUAUGCGUAAGAACGAAAGUGCCAAAGUUGAGAGGUGCCUCCGUGAGUUGGGAGUCCGCCUGCACGUCAUUAACGCCGCUCAUCAGUUCUUUCACGGCAGCACAGUGGUCCGCGAGUCAGGAGGCUGGUCCCGCCACGCCGGGCCGCUGUGUCACACCGCCUCGCCGGAGGACAAGCGGAAGAUCAUAGGAGAUGUAUUCAUACGGAUCGCGGAACAGGCCGUCCACGAACUUAAUCUGCAAGAGGACGAAGUACUUCUAGGGCAGGGCACGCUGCGCCCCGACCUCAUCGAGUCCGCGUCGGCGCUGUGCUCGGGCCAGGCCGACACCAUCAAGACGCACCACAACGACACCGAGCUGGUGCGGGCGCUGCGGCAGAGGGGACGGGUCGUGGAGCCUCUGAAGGACUUCCAUAAAGACGAGGUCCGAGCGCUGGGGAUGGAGCUGGGGCUGCCCGAGGCGCUGGUGGAGCGGCACCCGUUCCCGGGCCCCGGCCUCGCCGUCAGGGUCAUAUGUCAAGACGAACCGUUCAUGGAGAGGGACUUCGCCGAAACGCAGGUGAUAGUAAAAAUAAUAGUGGAGUUCGCAUCGAUGUACCUCAAGUCCCACGCGCUGCUGGGCCGCGUCGUGAACGCGAGCACGCCCGCCGAGCACGCCAAGCUGCGCCGCAUCUCGUCCGCAUACCAGGUCGCCGCCACGCUGCUGCCCAUCAGAACGGUCGGAGUGCAAGGUGAUUGCAGAACAUACAGCUAUGCCGUGGCAUUGUCAACGGAGAAGUAUCCUCCGGAUUGGAAAGACAUGCAGUAUCUCGCUCAAAUAAUACCGAGGAUCUGUCAUAAUGUUAACAGGGUAUGUUACGCUUUUGGAGGUCUGAUCAAGGAGCAAGUAACAGAUAUCACACCAACUUUCCUUACGCAACAAGUUGUUUCAACUUUACGACAGGCCGACGACCUGGCAACACAGGUGCUGACCCAGAGCGGAUGCGCCGGCCGCAUCGCACAGAUGCCGGUGGUGCUGAUCCCGAUCCAGUUCGACCGCGACGCCGCGGUGCGCGCCGCCUCGUGCCAGCGGUCUAUCGUACUGCGUCCUUUCGUCACGUCAGACUUCAUGACCGGUCUCGCCGCACUCCCGGGAUCCGACCACAUGCCUCAAGACGUUGUGGACAGAAUGUGUAAGAAGCUCUUGACCGUGCCUGGAAUAUCUCGCGUAUUAUACGACCUAACACCGAAACCGCCCGCCACAACAGAAUGGGAAUGAUAGCCUCCAUUACUUUUUUUAUAUAUUUUGUACUGACCGAACGCACCCACAGGGCAGUGGUCGCGAAUGACGCGGUUAUGUCCAAACAUCGGAAACUAAUUGGUUCCUAGUGAUGUGAUUAGCUAAUAUGUAUUAUCAUUUUAUACAACAAUGACAACGUGAUGUCAAUCGCGCCGUUUAAACAUCUGUAAUAUAUCAUGGACAAUGUGAAGUUAAUUUUGUUUUAUUUUAUAACUGUUUUCAAGUGCCUAGCGUGGAUCAUAAGACAUCGUCACUAUAUCAAUCUACAACAUAUGUGGUGACGAUUCCCAGGGCCAUAUUUUCGUUUUUCUUGUUUUACCAUAUAACAGUUGGGCCUGAAUAGUAUGUAUGUAUGUAUGUCUACUUUUUCUAAAAAAAAUAUGUAAACAUUUUAAAGUAGUUUUAAUUUUGAUGUUGGACCACAACUAUAGAAUUUUAUCAAUUUAUUUUCCUUAAUGAUUUAGACCACUGCCUGAAUGUUUGUAAAUACAUUAAAGAAACACAGGUUUGAAAUGUGUCUCAUAUUGUGAACUCCACUGAUCAAUUUGUAACUUGUAGUAAUUUAUUGUCGAAGGCUGUGUAAAAAUUUUGAAAAGCCUACAAACUGUUCUGCGCAACUUGAUUGUUAUAAUUAAUUCUUGUAUUGAAAUCUAAGUUUAUGGAAUGGUUCAGUGUUAUUGACUGAAAGUUUCGUAAUUAAAAUUAUAUUAUGCUUUAUUUUCA